AAGGAGCACUAGCCAUAGCCAGGCCACCAACCACACCGGCACCGUCCAGUCCAGGGCUCAGCUAAGCAAUCAUGGCUUGGCUGCGGCUGCUCGCCACCAUCCUAGCGCUGCUCGCCACUGCCGGGGUCGCGCACAGCUUCGAGUUCCAUGAGGACACCGUGGACGCCAUCCAGCUCGGCUUCCGCAACGGCAGCCUCACCUCGGCCGCCCUCGUCCGGUUCUACCUCGACCAGAUCCGCCGCCUCAAGCCGCUGCUGCACGCCGUCAUCGAGGUCAACCCGGACGCGCUCCGGCAGGCCAAGCGUGCCGACGCCGAGCGCCGUCGCGGCACAGCCACCGGCCCGUUGCAUGGGGUGCCCGUCCUGCUCAAGGACAACAUCGCCACCCGCGACGCUCUCAACACCACGGCCGGCUCGCUGGCGCUCCUCGGCUCCGUGGUGAAGCGCGACGCCGGCGUGGCGGCCAGGCUGCGGCGCGCUGGCGCUGUGGUGCUCGGCAAGGCCAGCCUCUCCGAGUGGGCCAACUUCCGCAACGUCCGCAAUGGGUGGAGUGCGCGCGGCGGGCAGACGCGCAACCCAUAUGUAUUGUCGUCCGACCCGUGCGGGUCGAGCUCUGGGUCAGGUGUGGCCGCGGCGGCGAACAUGGCGGCCGUGACGCUCGGCACCGAGACCGACGGCUCCAUACUCUGCCCGUCGUCGUUCAACUCCGUGGUCGGCAUCAAGCCCACCCUCGGGCUCACUAGCCGCGCCGGCGUCGUCCCCAUCACCACUAGACAGGACAGCGUUGGACCGAUGUGUCGGACAGUGUCGGAUGCAGUCCAUGUGCUGGAUGCCAUCGUCGGCUACGACAAGCUCGAUGCCGCGGCCACUCGAGCAGCAUCCAAGUACAUACCUUACGGCGGAUAUCUGCAGUUCCUGAAGAAGGAUGGGCUGAGAGGGAAGAGGAUUGGCGUCCCCAAUGUAUUAUUUCAACAAGGACUUGGAGAGAAGCAGAUGAGGGUGUACGAACAGCAGCUUGGCAGAAUGAGGAAACACGGAGCC